AUGUAUAUAAGUUGACGUGAAACAAUUCUACUUCCGUAAAAACACAACUCUCCAUCCUGUUGCCAAGAAGUCACGCCGUGCGCAAUGACGUCAUUAUGACGUGCCCCGGAACUCUGGCCACGUCGCCGGGUCUUGCUGGAAGAGGAAGUUGUACUCCUUCCACAUCACCACGCUGAUUACACUACAGAACACGUAGCCAUGGCACACUUUCAGGAAGUGUCAAAACGGUCCGCUAUGCACCCUAAACCUGCAGGCUUGGCAUUGGAGUAUGGUACUGCUGGUUUCCGGUCCAACGCCAAGCAUCUGGACCACAUCAUGUUCAGGAUGGGACUGCUGGCCACGCUGCGGUCCAAAAAAACCAAAGCGGCCAUCGGAGUAAUGGUCACCGCCUCUCACAACCCUGAGGAGGACAACGGUGUAAAGCUGAUUGACCCUAUGGGUGAGAUGUUGUCUGCAGCAUGGGAGGACCACGCCACCCAUCUGGCCAACGUGGAGCAGCAAGAUUUACCAUGUGUUCUUGAGGACAUUGUAGAGAAAGAAAGCAUUGACAUGAGCCAGGAAGCCAUUGUGUUUGUAGGCAAAGACACCAGGAGCAGCAGUGAUAGACUCUCACAAGCAGUACUGGAUGGAGUGUGUGCUCUGCAUAGUCAUAAUAAAGAUUAUGGGCUGGUGACCACUCCGCAGCUUCACUACUUGGUGUGCUGUCACAACACACAGGGGCGCUAUGGCGAGGCCUCAGUGAACGGCUACUACAGUAAACUCUGCCAAGCUUUCAUUGAGCUUACCAAGAAUACACCCAACCGCACAGAUGAUCAGAAGCACCUCACUUUGGACGGCGCCAACGGCAUCGGUGCGUUGAAGGUGCGCGAGAUGGAGCGCCACCUUAAGGGAGAGUUGCAGGUUUCGCUCUUCAACCACGGCGACGGACAACUCAACCACCAGUGUGGCGCUGAUUUUGUCAAGGUCCAACAGAAACUUCCAGCAGGGAUUAAGGUAAAUGCCGGCGAGCGCUGCUGUUCAUUCGACGGUGACGCUGACCGCAUCGUUUAUUACUACACCGACUCGGACGGACACUUUCAUCUGAUGGAUGGAGACAAAAUAGCGACGCUUAUCAGCACUUUUCUUAAAGAGCUGCUCAUCCAGGCUGGUCUGAAUUUGGAGUUGGCAGUAGUGCAAACCGCUUACGCUAACGGUAGCUCGACACGCUUCCUGGAAGACACCUUGAAGCUGACGGUGAGGUGCACAAAGACCGGAGUGAAGCACCUCCAUCAUGUGGCACAGGAGUUUGAAAUUGGAGUGUACUUUGAGGCCAACGGCCACGGAACGGUGUUGUUCAGCAAAUCAGCCGAGGAGAAGAUAAAGCAACUUGCCGACAACCCAAACACUGACGACGGCAGGAAGAGAUCGGCUAUUCUGCUGUGCCAUACCAUCAAUGUCAUUAACCAGACCGUAGGUGACUCCAUCGCUGACAUGCUGCUAGUAGAGGCUGUAUUAGCCUUGAAGGGAAUGACUGUGCAGCAGUGGGAUGCCAUCUACACUGAUCUGCCCAACAGGCAGCUAAAAGUCAAGGUGUCAGAUCGCAGGGUGAUUAACACGGCCGACGCAGAGAGACGCGCCGUGAGUCCAGCGGGCCUGCAGGAGGCCAUUGACGCCCUGGUGAAGAAUUACAGACACGCUCGCUCUUUCGUCAGGCCAUCUGGCACUGAGGAUGUCGUGAGAGUUUACGCCGAGGCUGACACACAGGAGAGUGCUGACUCACUUGCACACCAAGUCAGCCUUGCAGUGUAUCGCCUCGCUGGCGGGGUGGGAAACGAACCCAAGCCUUUACACUAGACAACAAAACCUCACUUUUCUAUUAUUACACAAUACUUGAUGCUCACAUACAGGUACUGAAAUACUUUUUUUGAGCUUUUAUUGAGGUGACAAAUUAUUUAUCUGACAUGACACUACAAGGGAAAUAAGAACCACAAUCAAUUAUGUUUUUUGGUUGUUUUUUUUACACGAAAUGUAUUAUGAUGUCCAUUUUGGGUACAUCAAGAUAAUGCAAAACAAGGCUGCACAACGGUAACUGCUUUUGUCUUUGUCCAUUAAUGAAUUUCACCGGUAAAGAAGGAAGGAGCUCUCCUGGAUCUCACCGUCUCCUUGGCACUAUUGCUAGCCAUUUUCCGUUAGCCAAAGGCUGCAUUGCACUGUGUCUAUCGAGUAGACGCGUAAAGUGAUAAUCUCAACAUGUACUGUGGGAAAAGUGGUACCUCCUAUAUGCUACAAAACAUCCGAUUACAAAUCCAUGCACAAUUACACUUGUACCUCAUAAGUGAAUGACACUAUCGUAAUCAUGAAUUAUAAUCAUUAAUUAUAUCUGUUAAUUCAUGCGUCAUUAUUGUUUUUCCAGUCUAACGUUUUAUCUAUGAUGUAAAUUGUCUUCUUUAUUCUGUAAAUAAUCAAACAAAAAUCAUGUGUUUACUCUGGGCGGUUUUAUUCAUGGUUGAAAUUGACUUCUUCAGUCCAAAUAAAUAAUGGAAAAAUACAUCAUUUAUUCUGCUUACUUGCAUUGUUUACAAAAGAACAUCCAAACACACACACAUGCACACACACACACACACACACACACACACACACACACACACACACACACACACACACAUUGGAGUGAAGCAGUUUAGAUUGCCAAUGGGAUGAUUGGGUAGUUUUCUUCUUCUUCUCCAGAAAUAUUAAAGGUACGCCGGUGUGUGUCCUAACAGAGGAAGAGGUAACAUAAGAUUAAGAGGCAGUCCUUGACAGUUUAAGUGUGAUUAGUCUGCUUUUUUAUUUAAUCAUAAAUCCUCUCAAGAACUUCUCACUUUGGUUUGUCUCAAUUCCACCUGAGCAAGGUGAACACAAACUGUUGUAUAAGACAAGGCGUGUAUAAGAAAUAACAUGAACUGGAACAAAAAAAUUGUUUUCACUGUAGCCAUCUUUGGUGUGGAUUUAUCCCAGAGUUGUAGUUGAAAUAGGUGGUGUUGUGGACUGACUCUACACACCACUUUCAUUUUCUAUUGGAGAGCCAUGUUUUGUCUGUAUGAAUUUAAAAAUAAAUUGUAAAAGCCUGUUUAUUGAUUCAUUCA